AUGGAUGCCCGCGGCCGAGGACGCGGCCGAAGCCGGGGCAAUCGUGGCAACUAUGACACUCAAGGCAACCAAGGCAACUUUGGCCGUCGUGGGAGUUCUGGCUAUCGUGACACCUCUGCAAAUCGUGGUAGAUCUGGAAGUCGUGGUGGAUACAACAGUCGUGGUGGCUUCUAUCAAUCCUCAGACAGAGCUCCGUCAACUGGCUUCGGCCACCACGGUUCCCAGGCUGCCCUUGAACAGUCCAUGAGCCAACUCUCAGUUCACUCAGAUACCGAUUUGUUGGCGAAUCAUUUCGAAGUCACCAUUGGCAAAUACGCAGAAUUGUACCGAUACGCCCUGUCUUUCCGAAAACGGCCGCAGGGAGAUACAGGGGACUGUGGUGGUAAAGACCUCGAACGGAUUACAAAGUCCAAAGCGAGCACGGAGUCUGAAGGGAACACGAAAGUGGGAGUCAAGAGCCAGGGAGAUCCCGUCAAGGAGUCGGCAUCUGAACCAAAGUCAUUCGACAAGGAUGGGAAGUCCAAAUCGGCCAAUCCUCCGGACGACGAUGACAACGGCGACGAGCCUACACACGCAAGCGAGACCUUCGACAGCCGAAUCAAUCGCUCCAAAACCAGACGAAUCAUCGCCCUCCUCAUACUCGAGCUGAAGGCAGACAAGAAGCUUGCCAGAAUCCCACUUGCAACGAACUACAGCACACACAUCAUCACGGCCAGUCCCAUUCUCGAGAAGAUCUCCAAGAUCUUUACCAUCGACUAUUACGAUGAAUACCGCUCAGGGCCUCCUGACAAUCCAGAGGUAUUUGACGUAAAACUCGUUUUUGAAAAGUCCUUUUCUCUGAGAGAUCUUUCUCAACAUCUUCAGGAGAGUUCAAGAACUCAGAGCUUUGUUGAGUUUCCUGACAAAGAAGACGCCGUCAGCGCCCUCAAUAUUAUUUUCAGCUAUCAUCCGUACGUGAGAUGCUUCCCAACUUUCACUCAUGAGAAUCCUCCAAGAUUUUCGGAGCGGUUCCUCACCACUGUUGGCGCAAGAGUGUUCUACGGCGUUUAUGUAAGAGGGCGAAAUGGUCCAACUGAUACAGGGCAAAUCAAACAACAAGGCCCACUUAACAGUAUUCCGGGUUUCAGCAGAAGUGUUCGCACUGGGUUUUCAGCGGAUGUUCCAAUUAAUCUCAACAUCAACACCAAGACGUCGCUCUUCUACGCCAAAGGCAAUGUUCAGGAACUGAUUGAUGCUUGGAAAACCCAAAAUGCCCCGCGUCAAUGGCACCAAUACCACUACGCAGACCUUGCAAAGUUCCUCAAAGGACUCAGUGUCAGAACUCUUCACCUUACUGACCAUCAAGAGCCUGACAAUUUCUUGGCAACGAUAACAAACCUUGCACGGGUCAGCCAAGAUGGUAUGCAGCCAACCGUAGCAGCGGUCCGAGCAGACAACCCUGGUCACCAGCACAUGGAGUCAUUGGGAGCUUACUUUGACAGAGUCCACAACACACAUUAUGGUCCAAAAUCCAACGUUUUCGCAGUUGUCAUCGGUGGAGGUGACUGUGCCAAGGCAUUCCCAGCAGAUCUUCUCGAUAUCAUUCCCGGCCAGGUGAUGCGGAAGACGAGGGAACUACCCCUAGCUGCUGUUCAACCCCCUGACGAAAACAAGAAACGCAUUCUCGACAAGGGUCGUUCCCUCUUCUAUGGAAGCAACCCCUCCAACACUGGGGCGAGGCAAUUCGAUCUCAGCUUGGGAGACGUCAUGAUAUCUGUUCCAGUAGUACCCCUUGCGGCACCAGUUGUGAGGUACCGCAGAAUAGGAAACGCCCAAAAUUCAGGGCCGCCUCCAGAGAACCAUGUCUGGGGAGACCUGGUCAAGUACGGAUCUUGGAAUCUCAAAGACUCCUCUUACUUCAGACCUGCUGCUCAACGAUUUGUGUGGACUUAUAUUGAACUCACCCUAAAGAACAGUGGCUCUGUUUGCCGGGCGGAGGAUCUUUCAAGGUUCAGUCAGGGACUCCAAUCGGCGUUGCACCGGGUUGGUAUGGUUGGAGCUUAUCUUCAAGCACUGCCUUUCCCUGAAGGCCACAAGCGUGAGCUUCCCCAUGAAACCCUACCAACGCAGCAUCAUGUGGCAGGACUGGUAGCCCAGUUCAACUUCAUCGAUGAAAUGAUCAGGAAUCUUCGAGACAAGCACGGGGUCAACCUCAUUGUCUUCUUACUGCCAACGAAGGACAUGGAGCUUUACAGCGCCGUCAAGAGGGUCGGUGAUCAACGCACUGGUGUCGCAACUGUCUGCCAUGUCCUCAAGUAUGAUCGGUGGAAGAAACAUUAUGGACCAAACACCUCUCCUGAUUUCUACGGCAAUCUGAGCAUGAAGAUCAAUCUCAAGAUGAACAGCCGAUCAGUCAAUCAAUCGCUCGCCGUCAAGCCUGCCAUUCUCGGCGCCGGUACCAUGAUCCUCGGCAUCGACGUGACCCACGCCGGCGCUCUAGCUAUGUCUGGAGCGCCCAGCAUCGCAGCGGUAGUGGGCAGCGUCGAUGCAGAGUUUUCCCAGUGGCCCGCAAGCCUAAGAGAGAACCCCCUAGUGCAGGAUCAGGACGGGAAGAAGAAGUCGAACGAGCAAGUGACGGAUCUUAAAGACAUGGUCAUGGAGCGACUACGUGGGUAUUACGAUGCUAAUAAACAACAACUGCCUCAACGCAUUCUCGUCUACCGCGACGGUCUGUCCGAGGGCCAAUUCAAAAUAUGCGAGGAGCAAGAACUCCCGCAAAUAACGGCCGCAAUUGAAGCCGUGUUCACGGAGAAAGGUAGAGCAUUGUCACAGGGCCAAUCCAUCCCCGUCGCCCUCAUCUGCGCAGUCAAGAGACACCACACUCGAUUCUUCCCGACAAGCGACGUUCAGCAAGAUACCCCUACCCUCAUCGGCUACGGAGCCCCUGGGAAAAAGAGCAGCAGGUACAACUUCAACCCCAUGCCCGGCACCAUGGUCACGGAGAAGGUCACGUACGGCAAAGGCCAGGAUUUCUUCCUCAUCAGCCAGAAGGCCCAGAUUGGAACGGCUCGGCCUACGCACUAUGUGAUUUUGAAAAAUUCGACGAUCCAUACCAGGGAUGACAUUGCGCUAGCGACUCACCACCUUUGCUUCCUGUUCGGUCGAUCAACUGGCUCCGUCUCCGUGUGUCCCGCGGCCUACUACGCAGAUCUCGCGGCGGACCGUGCCAGAUUCUACGUUCGGAGAUUCUACAAUGCCGCCAAGGACGAGAAGUGGGAUCCCGCUGCGCACCAAGACCACCGGUUCGACCUCAGCAUCCAUGAGAGCAUGAGAGAGAGGAUGUUUUACAUUUGA